CCAUAGUUCGGUGUACAGCGCAACAGUACCAUUUUGGAAACUAUAGAAAACCGAUCGAUCUCGAUUUCGAGGAUUAAGUUGCUAUAAAGAUGAACACUCUCGUCACCGUUACUUGUCUGCUAGCCGCUGUGACUGCUGUACGUGGCAUAGAUCAAGACACCAUAGUCGCAAAGUACAUGGAGUAUUUGAUGCCUGAUAUAAUGCCAUGCGCCGACGAACUUCACGUUUCGAACGAAGAUAUCGUAACGAAUAUACAAGCGGCGAAAAAUGGAGCUGAUAUGAAGCAACUUGGUUGCUUGAAAGCCUGCGUGAUGAAACGAAUAGGCAUGUUGAAAGGCACGGAACUUAAUGUAGAACCAGUGUACAAGAUGAUAGACGUCGUUCACGCUGGCAACGCGGAUGAUAUCCAAUUAGUAAGAGGGAUCGCGAAUGAGUGUAUCGAGAAUGCCAAAGGGGAAACGGACGAAUGCAAUAUCGGUAACAAAUAUACCGACUGCUACAUCGAAAAGCUGUUCACGUAAAUACGAAAAAGUCACGUACCGAAGAUUACGAGUUUAUCACGUAUUGUACACGUUUAAUAAAACGAUGUAAAUGAUA